AUGGCAACUGCAGCAGUUGACCCUGGCGUGCAGGCCUUGAUAGAGGCGUAUAUCUCGAAUGCUGAAGUGCUGUCUAAGUGCACAGGCGUCCAUGAGGAUCCAGUGGUAUUUGGAUCGCGCUUGAGGAGCCUAUGCGAUGUGGCCUUGCGCCUUGGUACGGCUCCGGGAGUAGCGGAGAAUCAACUGCCCGAUGGAUGGAAGCAUUUGGCGGGUGGGGAAUGUGAGGCUAGUCUGCUACCCAGUAUAGUGCUUGCUCGGGAUGCCUUUGAAGAUGCUGUUGCUAGAAUCGCACGGUAUGGUCUUUGCCAUCUCGAUGAGCGUGUGAGGCGGGAGGCUGUGAUAUCGAUAGCUCGAGUUUUGGAUAAUUCGAAACCAUCGGUCGCCUGGCUGGGUAUGCGGAAACAGCAAUACUAUAAGCCACCGAUACGGCACCCCUGGAAUGGUCCUGCUGAGCUUUUUUUCUAUCGUGGAUGCUUGACGCCCCUUGUACAAGAUGCCGCUCCGAUGGUCCGCCUAGCCUUGAGGGAUAGGAUAGUAUUACCACAUCUUCAGUAUUGGCAGCGACAACAACGUAAUCUAGGAUGUGAUAAGGCAGCAGCGAACGGGGUAAUCGAACGAUGUAGUGACAUGCUGUGUGAGCUGGCGCAGGAUACUGAGCUCAUAGCUGUUGAUGCUGCCCUGGAUGGAUCGCAUAGCGACAUAUCCGGCAGCUUUAGGGGGGCUCCCUGCCUCAGGCAGAGCCUGGCGUCCUUACUAGCCACGCACACAGUGGUGUUGCUGACAGCGGAGGAACGGGAAACUUACCCCAAGCUGUUCCGAGCGGCUGAUACGAAGAAGCGUGGAGUGCUUGGCGCUCAGGAGGCAGCACAGUUUUUAUCAUCAUCGAAGUUGCCUCGGAAAACACUUCAUGAUAUAUGGUGUUUGGCGGAUAGUGAUAAUAAGGGCAAUCUAACUAUUGAUGAGUACACAAUUGCAUGUAGACUAGUAGCGCACGCCCAGAAUGGCGCUGGGGAGAUGACUGAGGACCUGCUUACAGUUCCCCCUGUGAAGUUGCCAGUGUUCGAGGGUGUCCAAACUGAAACUCCUCCUGCCCCUCCUACCUCUACACGGCAUUCUACUGAUGAUGUAGCUGAUGAGGUGAUUGCUGAGGAGUAUGCCAACGGCAUAGACCUUAGCAGCCCUGUGUGGAGGAUCUCACGCAAGCACCUUGAGAAGUAUACUGAGGUUUUCAAGGCUAUAUCUACCUCUGGCUUCGUGUGUGGUGCCGAUGCUAGGGAUCUCCUUAUCAAGAGUAAUCUCACUUCUGAGGUGCUCACUACGAUAUGGGACCUUGCUGAUGCUGGUAGAGAUGGCCAGCUAUCGUAUCCCGAGUUUCUGGUGGCGAUGCAUUUGGUGACAAUGGCCAGAGCUGGUCUACCAGCUGCUCUAUCCGCAGUCCUUCGGAACCCUCCCGAAAAGGUGCUAGUAGAAGGCGCUGGUGGUGCAGGGACGGAGGCAUCCAACAGCGCGAUGGAGCUAUCAGCUUCUAUUCGUAGUAAUGCCCCCUCUACAGAGGAGACUAUCAGCGAUAGUAUGGUCGGAGAGAAAAAAUUGUUGUCACACACAGCGAGUUUACCUAAUCUCAAGCCGAAUGAAGCGAGCAGUGUCGAAGGAGAAGUGCCGCAAACAGCCCCUCAGCUAGCAGUUGGUGAUAGUAAAAAGGAAGGGGCCGAUCAGGCACCUUCGUUACGGGAUACUAUACGUGAGCAGCUGUAUAAGCAACGAGAACUGAGGCAGAAGCUACGCCAAGCUGGGGCUAGGCUUCAGGAACUACGACACCAGAAUAAGGACUUGUCUGAUAAGAGGACGAAACUAGAGAAGUCGAUAGAAGCUUCGGAGAAGGCUAUGCUGCUUGUAAAACGAUGGCUUGAGGAGGCUCGUAGGGAUGUAGAUGAGGCUCGUAGAUUGGCUGGUGAACAUGUUGAUGCUGACGGGCAAAUAGGUGAGGACGAUGAGAAGGAUAUACGCAAGGUGAUACAGGAUGAGAAGGACCGUUUGGAGGCAGCGGAGGGUAAGGUGAAGGAACUCCAGAAGAGCAUUCAAGAGACCUAUCGGACUAGGAGAGCUCUAGAGAAGAGGAAUCAAAUAUGGGCUGAGAGGCAGAGGCAGGCAGAGCAGGACAGGACGAUGGUCAUUACUGCAUUGGAGAUGCAGAAAGCUAAACUGGUAGCCGUACGGGCUGAGAGGUUGAAGACAUGUGAAGGUCGAUAUCAUGUACUGAGGGAUGCAUGA